AUGUCUAUUUCUGCUUUUGGCAACGCCUACUUCCCCGCUUCGUUACGACCUUACUUCUUCCUGUCCCACUCCAUAAAUCCUCGGAAUGCAGCCUCGUCCCAGUCUGCUCUCUGGUCUCGAUAUUACACGCCCGGCAAUCAAGACUUUCUGUUUGUUGUUGGCUGGAGUCUGUUAUUCAUCGUCCUCAGGUGGAUAACUAUGCGGCUAUUGCGUAAACACGCGUUGACGCGUCCGAAAAGUGCACCGACGACGACUCGUUUCGCGGAGCAAGGAUUUGCAUUCCUUUAUUAUUCGCAUGCUUGGCUAUUAGGUUUGUGGGUCCAUGCCACGAUAUAUAAGACAAUUCUGGAGACGGACUUGUACUGGACCUUAUACCCACAUAUCCCUAUUCCCGGCCCCGUUAAAUUCUACUAUCUAGUCGGUCUCACCUUCUACUCCACACAAGUCAUUAUUCUCAAUGUCGAAGAGAGACGGAAAGAUCAUAUGCAGAUGUUCACUCAUCACAUCGUUACAGUGUUGUUGAUGGUAGUAAGUUAUUUGACCAAUUUCACGCGGGUUGGGGGGGAGAUCCUUUUCAUCCUUGAUUGGUGUGAUAUUCUCUUGCCCCUCGCAAAGAUGUCGAAGUAUCUCUCCAUCCCGCUCGCUCCAGACGUGAUCUUCGCCAUCUUCCUGAUAUCAUGGCUCGUAACACGUCAAAUCCUCUUCCCCCGUAUUGCAUGGGCUGUGACGAUAGAUAUGCCAGUUAAACUGGAUCUCGUUUGGAACCCCGCAGCAAAACGAUACGCUACACAUAAAGGCUGGAUAUUCUUUGCCUCUAGUCUCUGGAUCCUCCAAGUGCUUCUAACUAUUUGGUUUGGGAUGGCGUGCAAAGUUGCGUAUGGUGUUAUCCUGGGUAGGGGUGCGGAAGAUACAAGAAGCGAUGAUGAAAUGACUAGGUAA